AUGGGCGCGCUCGAUGCAUCGUUAGGAGCUAUCCUAAUCGGUACAUGGAUAGACUGCAUGUUAUACAUGUUGGAGCUCACCCAGAUUUACACUUUCUUCACGAGGUACCCCAAGGACCAUCCUCUGUUGAAAGCAACGAUCUGGGUGCUCCUCUUGGUUGACACCGUCGGUUCAGCUGCGGGCAACGGGACUGCAUACCUGUAUACAAUCACGUACUGGGGCGACGCAGAGGCCAUCACGAAGCAGUACUGGACGUUCCCCACGUACUGCACGGCUACAGCCUGCUCAGCCGCCAUCGUCCAGUCAUUCCUUAUUUUCAGAUUCUGGAAUCUGUCGAAAACUCAUUUGCUUGCUGUUGUACUGGUCUGCAUGAGCCUGUCCGCAUUGGUUGGGGGUGUUUGGACUGCAGUCGCUGUGUCCAUAUUCUCGGACCUUGCGCAACGUCCCCGUAUCGUAACUCCGGUAACAUUAUGGUUCGCGGCAACGGCAGCAACUGACAUAUCCAUUACAUUAUGCCUUGUUUGGCAAUUGAGGCGCGUGAAAAACAAGACGGUAUUCAAAGCAACACAAUCAAUGCUCUCAAGGCUCACCGGCAUGGCCAUCCAAACGGGAUCGGUGACGAGUGUCUUCGCGAUCGUCAUUCUGGGUUUUUUCUUGAAGAAUCCUUCGGGCAGUAUUGCUGUUGGUGUCAAUGAAUGCUUUGGACGCGUCUACACGCUCACUAUGCUGUACAACCUGAACAAUCGUCGCUCCAUCCGCAACGGUGUCUCCAGUAAAUCGGGCACUAGCGGCCCGGAUCUUGAGGCUGGCAACUCCGCCGCGAUCGAUUUAUCUCAAAUUCGCGUCGAGCAUCAAACGCACACCGUUCAGGAUUACUCUCUUCCGGUCAAGACACGAGAUUAUGCUACAGAGCGGACUCAAAGCGACGACGGGAGCUUGACGGACACCAAAGGUCCGACAGCUCUCUGAACCUGCGCGUGACGUACAGGCCACUGUCUAUAGUCAUUAUCUUAUUCACCAGGACACAUCGGCUGUCUGUGUGCAUAGAUGUUUGCAUAUGUACCGCAAGUUUGAUCCUUAGUACUCCGUCAUGUAGUGGGUGUCUACCGGCUUGCAGCGCGCGGCGUGGUUUAUUCAAGUACAUACAUUAUACAUCAAUU